AUGAUAUAUUUAAGGAAGGAUAAAUUACGUUUUUGUUUUUAUUUUUAUGUGCAACUUUUUAUAAUAUAUUUGUUCAUAUGGACAGAGAAUAAAUAUAAUGGAUAUGGAGGAGAUAAAAAUUUCAAUGGUAUAUUAGAUUUUAAGAGGUCGCAAAGAUUGAAGGAAUAUAGAAUAUUAGUUGAAUAUGCAAGUAGUUAUUAUUAUGAUGAACCGCAAGUAAGAAUUAUUAAUUAUGAUGAUGAUACGAAUGAAGAAUAUCGUUCAAGAUAUAAUAAUAAGAAUUUAGAAGAAUCUUUUGAAAAAUAUGUUGAUAAUUAUGAAUAUAAUAUGAGGGAUAAUAUAUCAGGAAAUGUACCAUUAGAAAAUGAUUCUAUAAUGGAUACCAUAAGUAUUGUUGAUUUUAAUGAUGAAAAUAAUGUGGAGGUAUCUUUUCCUGACGAUAAUAUAAAUGAAAAAAAUAUAAAUAAUGAUAAUUUGGAUGAACUUAAAUCAUAUAUUAAUACAAAUGUUGAUGAAAAUCAAAAAAAAUUAUGGAACGAGUAUAUAAAUAAUAUUGAUUAUAUAAAACCAAAAAGUAUAGAAUAUAAAUAUAAAUAUCAUACUUCUACAAAAAGAAAUUUAAGAAGUUUUGUUAAAUAUGCUAAAGCUGCUAUUCAAAUAGUAUGUAAAAUAAUUAAAUUCAUUUUAAUUACUAUAUAUCGUUUAAUUAGAUAUAUUAUUGUUUGGAUUUUUAACACAGCAGAUAAUGUAGUAUAA